GACUGUGACAGCGACAGCCCCAGGAGUAAGAGCGCUGUCCAGCAACUCCUGCAGCUUAAAACAAUUUGCAAAGUGAUCCAAAGCGCUCUGUGCAUCAGGGCUGCACAACAGAAAUCAGAUAAACAACUCUUAUUUUUUUUCUCUCUAAAUCAACAAGUUAUUUGGAAGAAAGAAUAAGGACAGCAUCGUUGGAUGGAACACUUUUUUGAAAUGGUUCGCAAUCUUAUUAGAUGGAGGAGGUUGUGAUGAAUGAUUGAAUGAGGUGAUGACAAUGUCAUAACAAAACCAGCCACUGGGAGCUGCACUUAUGACACCGAAAAUGCUGAGGCACUCCAUCACAGCCAUCUAUUUCAUUCUACUUGGAGUUUUUGCUGUUGUGAGCUCACAGUGUGUCCAUUUGUUGGAGUUACAUAGUGAACUACAGUACAGUCUGCGGGUCAGAUACAUGAAGGAUUACUUUCCAGUUAACUACGCUGUGAAGGUUCACUAUGAAGAUAUUUAUAGAACAAUAAAUGUUACUCGCAUGCAAAAAAGAAGUUUUACUGAAAUAGACCUGAAAUUGUUAUGGGUUUAUAUCAAUUCUCAAGUCCUGGAGACAGUCCUCGAAGUCCUCCCAAAAAGGCACCCGUCCAGAGCUUACGUGGAGGGCAUCUCCACUCUCUUUAGUUAUUUGAGGAUGGAUAUGGAAGAAAUGAUUAAAGAUAUUGAAGAUGAGCGAGUGGAGGAAAUACUAUAUCGUAUUAGUGACGUGGAUGAGUACAGCAAGAGCAAGUCCAUCAGGCCCAAGGCUUUAUUUGAUAACUGUUACCGGGUCAUGAAACAACUCUUCCACUGUAACUGGAGAACUUGAUCGCCAGUCUACUCAUGGUGAAUGAUUUCAUCAUCAUCGCCUGUCGCUAACAACAACAUCUACUCUCCACAUGCAUGCGUCUCCCUCCUUGCGACUGGAAGCAUCUGGAACAGUAUCGCCCACUCUCACCCAGCUUCUGUGCAUUGAGAUGUAGAAUGCACUUGCCACUGGCCGGAGUAUUAGACAGGACCUCUUUGAACUGUACAUGCAGACAAUGGCCACUGGCUUGCUAUUUAUUCACUUCUCUCUGACAUGACCGUGGGUGUUGUAAUUGACUUCAGUGAAGCCUUUUUUCCAGUUUUGCCCCCACCCCAUUCUGCGUACUCCCAUUCUUGCGACCAUUUACUGGCUUUCCAUUUGACUGAGAGUUCAAUCUGGACAAGGACCAUGCUAAUUUCUUUCCAUAACCCAGGAUCAUUGAACUGGAAAGCUUAGGUUCUGCCCCCAACCCCAUCAUGCCCAAACUCAGCAAAAUAUCUGUUAUGAACCAAUACAAAAAAAAAUUCUGGCUGCGUAUUGUGGCUGUGCAAUGUAAAGAUUCCAGUGUAAGGAAGAAAGCAACGAGGAUGUGAAGUGUGCCUGUUUCCAAGAGGGAAUAACAUUGAAAACUUGGAUCAGGCAAGUGCAAGUCAACCAUGUAUGUGCCAGAAGCAGCUGUUUAUUAAAAAAGGACCCCCCUGCCUGACCAUUUAUUGGGAAACAAGCUACAACAUGGAGGAAAGGUUCAAUCACUUGACAUAACUAUUUCCAAGGACUAGGUACAAAAACACAUCAGCCAAUGCAUUGAAGUUUUUUUUAUUAUUCAUUCUUCAGAGCUGAUCUCUAUUACGUCUCCACCCCUCCCAACUGCCUCCAACAAGUUUAAGCUCACAACCAGGGAAUUCCAUGGAAAUAGUUUAAUCUUUUGCUGAUAAGACAUCAAAUUUGUGUCACUCCUUCCUCAUUACCACUUCUACCAUAAUGGUUUUGCCUUGGGCAUCAGAGAACAGGAAAUAAUGUGUGCAUGUCUAACUGUCCUAAAAAUGUUCAUUAAUUAUUAUUCUUCCUACUUGUAUAGGGUGAUCAGGCAACACACUGAAUAAUAAAU